AAGACAUGAAUAAAUGACCCCACCCCACCCCCUAAAGGUCUCAUUCUCCCUUUUUAUUAGCUCCCCUGCACCUUAGAUCUCUUCAUCCUAACUUCACCAUUAUAUUUCUUUCUUUCUUUCCAACAAACAUUUCCUCCCUCUCUUCUUUUGCAGGCCAAAAUUGCAGCAUAAUUAAUAGUCUUCUUUUGCAAGUCUCCAUCAGAGCGAUGAGUGGGUCUCUUCACGCGCCGCCAGAGUUCGACUCCGGCAACGGCGAUUCAGUAGCCUCCACGCCUCGCUCGGAGCAGCACCAUCAACACAUGUACGAUGAAACCACCGCUUCGCAGCCACGUGCCCGUUUCAUGUGCAGCUUCGGUGGCAAAAUUAUGCUUAGGCCACACGACAAUCAACUCCGCUACGUUGGCGGCGAUACUCGAAUUGUUGCAGUGAACCGCCACACUACCUUCGCAGCUCUCCUCGGAAAACUCUCCAAACUCGUCGGAUAUCCAAACAUUAACAUCAAGUACCAGCUACCUAAUGAGGAACUGGACGCUUUGAUAACCGUCACAACCGAUGAAGAUUUGGAGAAUAUGAUGGAAGAGUACGAUCGGCUCACGCAGAAUCAGAAAUCGGCUCGUCUUCGGCUCUUCCUUUUCUCUAACGAUUCUGGUUCCAGAGCCAGCACUAUCAGCUCCAUCCUUGACGGCUCAUCUAAGAGAGAGCAAUGGUUUGUUGAUGCACUCAAUGGUGGAGCCGGUACGGGUCUGGAGCGUGGGCGAUCCGAAGUAUCGUCUAUUGUUUCUGAAGUUCCGGAUUACUUGUUCGGACUGGAUACUUCGGAUGAUCCGCCCCGUGAAUCAAAAUUCGUGAAGAACAAGAUCCUUUCGGAGCCGGGUUCACCCGCUCCACCCAUUGUUUCUUCUCCGUAUUGCUCUAUAUCAUCAUCAUCAAUGACACCUACAGCAGCUAUGACAGUAAUGCCGGAUCUUCCACCCGUUAAAACAAAGCCCGAUAAGCCAAACCCGACAGCUGAAUCCAGAGAAACGCCGGUUGCAAGUGCGACUGAGUCAGGCGAAAAGACGGUUCAACAGCAACAACAACCGAGUUAUCCAAGUAGUCCGCUAUGGCACUACCCCGCCCCACCGGUGCAAACCAUACCCGUUUACUAUGUCCCGGGUCCGGUUCCGCCCGGAAAUAUCCCGGUCCAAUCCACAUUACGGGCUCCAUAUAUUCAUCCGUUUCCGGUUGCUCCGAAUCAAUUUCCCGUCGGAUAUCCACCAGUUUCAAAUAUAGGGCAAGUAUACAGUGGAUUGAGGCCGGUAAUGAGUGCUGACCCGAAUGACUUUUCUGCUACUGCAAGGGAAGGAAUGAAUUACUAUGGAGUUAGGAAUUCAGGUGUUGUUCCGGGUUAUGGAGGUCCAGUUAGGGAAGAAAUGCAGGGACCCGGAGUUGAUGGGAAAACGGGUCGGGUCUCCCAAUAAUUAAAGGUUUGAUUGAGAAGCAUAUUUGGUUGUGUUGAAGCAUUUUGUUAUAUUUGAAGCAAAGUUUUGUGAAUCGUAAGUAAGCUGUCAUUGAUAAUCGAUCCUCCAAUUCCAAUAUGUGAGUAUUUGACUAGUAAA